GCGUCUUAACUAAGCCAAAAAACUAAAAAUACAAAAAAUAAAAAUCUUCUCUUACCCUUUACACCUCUUUCCUCAAAAACCCUAGAUCUCUCUCUCACUCUUUUAGGGAAGCUUCCCUUUAAGUUUUAUUCAUCACUUUAACUAAGAUUACUGUCUUCCUCUUUAUUUCACACACACACAGCUUCAAGUUCAAGACGAGAUUACUUGAUUUGCUCAGAUCUGUUGUGUUUCCCACUCAAAAACCCUUCACAUUUAUGAUCUGUUUGAAGGAAGCUAUGACUUGUGUUUGUUGAUAGUGAGAAAUUUAAAGGAACCGUUUUUAUUUUUUUAUAAUCUGAAGUCAAAAGAUACUUUUUUUUGUUGUUGAUUGUUGCCACAAAUGGCAAUGCCACCAGGAAAUGUUACUACUCCUUCUGAGAAAUUGCAGUUUCCUCCGACCGCCGCAAACGUCGCCGGAAACUGGAUCCCCGACCAGAGAGACGGGUUUAUCUCGUGGCUUCGUGCGGAGUUUGCUGCUGCUAACGCGAUCAUUGAUUCCCUCUGUCAACAUUUACAAACGAUCGGAGAUCAGAACGAAUACGAGUCAGUGAUCGGAAGCAUCCAUCACCGUCGUUUAGGCUGGUCUCAAGUUCUCACUAUGCAGCAGUUUUACCCUGUUACUGAGGUUUCUUACAAUCUUCAACAGAUCGCUUGGAAAAGACAACAGCAGAUGCCGCCACCUCAGAGGCAUUACAGUUCUUCUGAUCAGGUUGGGAAAUUUGGAGGAAGGAGAUCAGGAGGGCCUGGUGGGUUUAACAAGCAUCAUGGUGGUGGUGGUGGUGGUGGUUACAGAGGAUCUGAUUCGAUGGCGAGAAAUGGGCAUAGUUUCAAUUCUACCUCGGAUUACCAUAGCGUAAGCAGUGAUCGUGUUGAGCAUCGGGAGGAAGCUAAGCUAGCAAGUGAUGGUAAGGCUUUAUCUGUUACAGAGGAGAAGAAAGAUGUUAGCGAGAAACCGAAGAGCGAUAGUAAAAAACUGGAAAAAUCUGGAACUCAAGAGGAGAUAGUGAACCAUAAGUGUAAUUCGGCUUCUAAAGAUAACAGUCUCAGUUCUGAGCAAAAGCAAGAAGGGAAAGAUAAAGAGUGUCCUGCAAGCAUGGCAAAGACUUUUGUUGUGCAAGAGAUGUAUGAAGCGAAAAUGGUUAAUGUUGUCGAAGGACUGAAGCUUUAUGACAAAAUGGUUGACGCAAAGGAGGUUUCUCAACUCGUUUCUCUUGUAAACAAUCUGAGACUUUCUGGUAGAAGAGGUCAACUUCAAAGUGAGGCAUAUGUGGGUUAUAAACGGCCAAAUAGAGGACAUGGACGCGAGAUGAUUCAACUUGGUCUCCCCAUAGCUGAUACGCCGCCUGAUGAUGAGAGUAUCAAAGAUCGAAGAAUAGAGCCAAUCCCAUCAGCACUUUCAGACAUCAUUGAACGUUUGGUCUCAAAGCAAAUCAUUUCUGUGAAACCAGACGCUUGCAUCAUUGACUUCUUCAGCGAGGGAGAUCACUCGCAGCCCCAUAUGUAUGUUCCUUGGUUUGGACGACCAGUGUGUGUCUUGUCCUUGUUUGAAUGCGAUUUCACAUUUGGAAGAGUCAUUGUCUCUGAUCAUCCUGGCGACUACAAGGGCUCUCUCAAGCUGUCUCUCACUCCCGGAUCGGUUCUUUUGGUGGAAGGCAAAUCUGCAAAUCUUGCUAAGUAUGCAGUUCACUCAACGCGAAAGCAACGGGUACUCAUCACCUUCAUCAAAUCCAAACCGAGAAACUCCACAACCGGAACUAACUGGGGACCACCGCCUAGCAGAUCGCCGAAUCACCACAUCCGUCACCCAGCUGGACCACCUAAACACUUCCCUGUUAUCCCAACAACAACUGGUGUCUUGCCCACACCGUCUCACCGUCCUCCAAACGGAGCUGUUCAACCGAUGUUCAUCGCCCCUUCUCCUCCUCCGCUCGCCGCUCCAAUGCCGUUCCCAGGUGGUGUGCCACCAGGGCCAACGGUGUGGCCACUGUUGCCACCUCAUCCACGACACCAGCCGGCACCACAACCUCGAAUGCUCAUCCCUGGCACUGGUGUGUUCCUCCCACCAGGUUCAAACCAAGAAGUGGUUUCACAAGGCUCCCCAGAGAAAGAAGACAACAGCGACGGAAGCAGCAAGGCUGCAGAUGUGAAAACGAAGGAAGAGGCUCGUAACGGAACUGCUGCAGGGGAAAGUGAUGGCAGUAAUGGUAAACAGAGCAAUUAGCUGAGGAAGAGAGGAGAUAGAGCAAAGAGAGAAAACUAGUUUUUGGGAGAUAUGAAAUCUGAGGUGCAGUUUAUAUUUAUAUAAACUGUAAAAAAAGAGCGGCGAAUUCUCGUUUGUUUUUGCCACUUUGAGGAAUUAUUUUUAGGAGAGAAAACUACAAAAGAGACGAAAAAGCAAAAUUUACCCGUUUUCUUACUCUCAAGAAAUCAUCAUUUAUCUUUUUUAUCCUUUUCUAUUA